AAAAAUUCAGCACAACUGUUUUGGUAGGAAAAGUUCACUUUCUGACACUGGUUUGUUGUGAUUCGUUGUAUAUAGGUAAUGUCAUAAAAGAUGAAGCCUGAAAGCAGUGCAGCAUCCUGGCUGAAGUUUUUUUCAGCUGCAGGGAUACCAAGAGAUGAAGCUGAAAACUAUGCUGUUACAUUCUCAAAAAACCAAAUUCAAUUGGAUAUGUUGCCUGAAAUCAAAAAGGAAUAUCUGAAAGACAUGGGGAUCACAUUAAUGGGACAUAUAAUUGCUAUUUUGAGGCAUGCAAAGGCAGUAUAUGCUGAUGAAUUAAAAAAAACUGAAUUAUCUUCUCAAAAACAAACAACUCCAUCUGGAUCAAAAGUUAAACCUGUUUCUGCUUCCAAAGAAAGUAAGGCUGCCAGUAAAAGUGAUAGUGAAACACAACAGGUUAACUUAAAACGUAAAAGUGCAGUUGUUCAAAUGAAAUCCAGCGAUGAAUCUAAAAACAAAGUCAGAAAAAAGUUAUGUGAUUCUUCAGAUGAUGUAUUCGCUACAGCUAAUCCAACUGUUAAAUUAGUUGAUCCUCCCACCCGAAAUAUAAAUAAUGAUAUAAGUCCUGAUGAUUAUAAAAAAGGAGUAUUCAGAAGACUAGGAGUUGAAGUAUCAAAUCCCGAAUCAUCUACUAAUGCAAACGGAACAAGUGAAAGUGUGUUUGCACGUUUAGGUGACAAGUCAUUACCAAAAGUAUCUAAAGAGGUUACAUCUGUCAAACCUGUUAAGCGUUUAGUGGCCAGCAAAGUAAUGAAUAAACCUGUUUCUACCAAAAGUAUAAUUAGAUCAAGACUGGAUUACAAGCAUCAACAAGUAUUGGUUUCUCCUUCAUAUAUGAAUAGAGUUCCAGAAGAUAGAGAAGUUUUAGUAUCGCCAACGUACAUGGACGGUACAAGAGAAGAAAGAGGAAUAAUAGUAUCUCCCACAUAUAUGGAUGGUGCAAGAGAAGAAAGAGAUAUACUGUCCAGAUUGAAUAAUAAUCACAUUAUGGAAAGGAGAAACAUUAAAGCUAGACUUGGAAAAACUUCAUUAGAAUCGCAUAGUGGGAGCAAAUUACCUGGAUCUGUAAAAAAAGUUUCUUUUGGGUCUGUUUAUCAGAAGUUAAUACCAUCUGAGAAAAAACCUGCAUUAAGAAGUGCCAGAAUAAAUGUUGAUUUCAGUUCUCAGAAGGGUUCUAUAGGAUUAUCUACUGGAGUUUUCAGCAGGCUUGGAAACAACUUUUAUUAACAUCUGUACAUACUGCCUUUUUUCAUAAUUUCUUUGUAAAUAUUGUAUUAUUAAAUACAUCAUAUACAUAUUUUUUAAUUUAUUGUUAAUAUGCUUUCCUAAAAGAAACUAUUAAAUUUAAAUUCA